AUGAGCCAGCCCCGUCGCUCUAGUUUCGGUAUGCUUCUCAGACGUUCCAAGUCCGGCGACCUGGGGAAGGGCGGUAAGAAGGCCCAAGCCCUCAGGGAGCAGCAAGAACGCGAACUCGAGCGUCAGCGUCAAGCUGCCAUCUCCAAAAACCCGCCCAAGCUUCCCGAAUUCUACAAAGCCAAUGACCAGCUUUCCAACUCCAUCCCUUCCGACCUCCGUGCUGACGAGGUCUCCGCCGUACCUGACCAUACCAUCGGUACUGCCUACUCUACCCGUCCCUCUAUGGAUCAAGGCUUUAGUGCUGGGGGUUACAUUCCUCCCGUCCCCCCUGUGCCCGCGAAUAUCCCCGCCUGGGACCCUUAUGCUCGUACCGAGAGCAUGACGCACCGUGGCCGGUACAGCUACGCUAGCAGCGCCGUUAGCACUGUCAACAGCCCUAGAAGGGUUCGGAGAAGAAAGGAUCCCACCCCAUUUAACAUUCUCGUCAUUGGCACCCGUGGCUCUGGCAAGACAUCAUUCCUCGAGUUCCUCAAGACAGCCCUGGCUUUGCCAGCCAAGAAAAGAGCCCGCAAGGCCGAGCCCGAGGAUGACGCGAACCCCAGGGCUCCUCCUUCGGGCAACUUCAUCCCUCACUACCUGGAGAGCGAGAUCGAUGGCGAGCGAGUCGGCCUUACAAUUUGGGAUUCGGAAGGUCUGGAGAAGAAUGUCGUUGAUCUUCAGCUUAGGGAGAUGUCGGCCUUCCUGGAGAGCAAAUUCGAAGAAACCUUUACCGAGGAAAUGAAGGUCAUCCGAUCGCCUGGUGUACAAGAUACCCACAUUCACGCCGUUUUCAUGGUCCUCGACCCGGCUCGCCUCGACCGCAACCUGGCAUCUGGCAAGGGCGUGUCGAAUGGCCACAACGGCAAGUAUGCACCGCCGGCGCGCAUUUCGGGGGGCUUGGACGAGGACCUGGACCUCCAGGUGCUUCGAACUCUCCAGGGCAAAACCACCGUUAUUCCUGUCAUCUCCAAGGCCGAUACCAUUACGACCAAGCACAUGAAUGUUCUCAAGAAGACGGUUUGGGAUACCAUCAAGAAGGCAGGGAUGGACCCGCUUGAGCCUCUUGGCCUUGACGAGGACGACACGAGCAGAAUUGACGAAGAAGAGGAAGUAGAAUCCGAUGGCGAACAUAGCGCUCAAGGUGACAACGAUUUACCCAUCCAGGGUGGUGAUGGCGUGCCGUCGUCGCCUUCAUCAAAACGACACUCUUCGUCAUCCAUCCGCCAGCACAAGGUAAAGCAAGAGGCGAAGGAGGAGGAGAUUCCCUUCCUUCCACUCUCUGUCAUCAGCCCUGAUCUGUACGAACCUGAAGUCAUGGGACGUCAGUUCCCCUGGGGCUUUGCGGACCCCUAUAACGAAGACCACUGCGACUUCACCAGGCUCAAGGAUGCCGUGUUCAGCGAAUGGAGAGCUGAGCUCCGCGAAGCCAGCAGGGAGCAGUGGUACGAGGGCUGGCGCACAUCGCGACUCAAGAACAGCCCGAGUGUCCGCAGGCGAUAG